UACAGAAUGGUGUUGGUGGUGUUGCACGCUCAACGAAUGGCAGGCGGGGAAGCGCGUUAUACUCAAGCAGGUGAGAACGCAGAUCGGCUAGCACUAGCGUCGAACGCGCUUCGGCUCUCUAUCGCAGGCGCCGUGCUUGCAAGAUGCCGAACGACCUACAACCAUCAUCGCUGCUCUCGAGAUGCCGUUGUCCGUCUCUGCGUCGGCUCUCCCGUCGUUUCGGAAGCAGCAUCUUCUCGUCGAGUUCACCCGUCUGCGCUACGCACAGCUGGAUGGCGUUUUCUUGAGCAUCACGCCCGGCGACCCAACACUGUGGGUAGGUGUAAUAUUCGUGCAGAAAGGACCAUAUGCGCCAGCAGUCUUACGCUUCCAAAUCUCCUUCCCGCCCAGCUAUCCUGCUAUACCCCCCCUCGUGACUUUUUCUACCGAUGUCUUUCACCCACUGCUCACGCCACUUACCACAUAUACUUACACGACUGGCUCCGCCGACACGGAUACCGUCAGUGCCACGGAUGAGGAGCGGCUGCCACCUGGAGGCUUCAGUCUUCGGCACGGCUUUCCGCACUGGUUCGGCAGAGCUCGAAGAUCUGUACCGAACUCUCGCGAUGUCAGUGGAUCUUCAAAUGCUUUUCCCGUGCGGUCCGACUCCAACGUCACGUCUGGCGUCCUUGGGGCCUCUCAGUCUACUGCGGAGUACUCCAUUGUGCGCAUGCUAGAGUACAUCCGCUCGACCUUUAGUGAGGAGUCAAUAUUGGACUCGCUUCCGUUAGAGGCUGCUGCAAACCCAGGCGCUUAUCAUGCGUGGCGGGCGCAUCGGGCUCCGAUAUUGCAAUCUCAACUGUCAGACCGAGCAACUCCGAGUCCCGACCCUUCUACGACGGAUAAAUCAGAAGGUACAUCUGCAUUGGGACGUAAUCGGCGUCCUGGAGAGUGGAACUGGGAGGGAGUCUGGGAGGAACGCGUAAAAAAAGCAGUCAAGGCUAGUAUAUCGGAACCAGUCCUGUUCGGCGCUGGCGCUGGAGAAGACAUAAUUCGCUUUCGCGAGGCGGACGAUGAGAUGCACGAGAAGAUGAAGAGGCACUUAGAAGUGGCUGCCGCACAAUUGGGCGAGGCGUAAUCGCUGGGUCAUUGCUUGGAUCAUGGACGGCAUCGGUUUCCUAGAUGAAACAUGAGCACGAAAUGCACUACAGAAGCUCAGCAUCGUUUUGAACGCGUCUUGAUGCGAGAUCGUGACUGUCUACUUUUCAGAUUCAGGAAAGAGCAUCGUAGGUUUGUUGACUCGCCCACCUCGCACCUUCCUGGCUUGUAGCAGUGCCUCUCACCUUCAGACCU